AUAUUUGACGUAGUUUGUCCAUCUAUUAUAAAGGAGACAAACAAGAAAUUUAUAGAUCGGAACAACCGUUAAUCUUAUUCUCAGUAACAAAAAUGGACACGCUAUUUUGUUGGGUGUUUCCCUGAAAGCACUCCUACAGCUAUGGCCUACGGGUGACAACAAAUUGAUUGCACGGUGGUCUGGACUCUAGUAUUCUUUUACCAACAGCGUUACUGUAACAAUACCACGUGACAGUUUCCAGAUAAUCCGAGCAUUCCAAUUGGAGAAGAGGGUGUAUAUUUUGUUCCUGAUUGCGGACCAAAGGUGUGCUAUAUAAAUGCGCGGUAAAAGAAAGUUUGAACAGUAAAAUAUCGAUCAUGAGGCGAGAAAAACGAAGUCGGCAAUCAGCGAUAUAUUUUGAUAACGAAGUGGAUAUAACGGACGAACUAGCUGGUCCCAUGACAGUACGGACAUCUAGGGUACAACAGCCAAGAAGUUCAAUUGAAUCCAUUGAGAGCGAAAUCAGCGAUAGAAUUAUAGAAAUGGAUAUAACAGAUAUUGAUGCCAACGGAUCCCCUAAGAUGGUGAAAUCCAGCAGAAGAAUUUCUAUGGCUAUACCGAAAGUGUAUGUUAAAAAAGUGGAAAGUACCCAACAAGUGAUCCAAGGACAAGAUUCUGAAGACCGUAAUUCCUACUCGUCUGAAUCAUCUGCAUCAACCACAUCAACCGCAUCCACCCAGUCUUCUCCUAUGUUACCUCGUUCGCAGUCCAAUCUUCUACACAUGAUACAAAGAACUGAUUCUAUCGUGGAAUCGUUGGUUGACCAGCUCGAGUUCAAUGACUGUGAUAGUAUUUGGGACGAGAAAGAAGAUUCGAAAUUUCACGUCAAAUUUUUUAAUCGGUAUGGACGAAAGGGCAAAGAGGAUGAAGAACUUCAGAACGCGACCAAUGUUUCGCAUGUGUAUAAAGAUGCCACGCUUGUCACUGAUAUGCUGAACAAUAAGGUCCUCCUAUAUGGUCGAAGUGGUCGACCACGAAAAUCAUUCGUGGCAGAAGAAUGUUCUGAACCUUGGGCAGCAACAAUAACACCGAGGGGUUACGUUGCAGUUACGUUGCGUAGAAAGAAAUACGUGGCCCUGUGGUCGGCGUGCGGAGAAGAGAUUGCGCAAAUUGGAAAAGAUCAGUUAAAAUGUCCGACUGGCAUUGCUGUGGACACACGUGGACGAUAUAUCGUAACGGAUGAAGAACUCAAUGACGUCUUUCUAUACAGUCCCGGGGGACAUUGCGUGAGAUCGUUAGGGGGUGGUUUCAAGCAACCACGUUUUGUGUGCGUUGCGAACAGUGGUAAGAUUCUAGUUUCGGAUUCCGGCAAUCAUUGUGUGAAGGUAUUUGAUAAUCACGGUACAUUUCUCUACAAAUUCGGUAAAUAUGGCUCGCGGGACGGGGAGAUGAAGUUCCCGUAUGGUAUCUGUGUGGACCAGGAUGAGAACGUGAUAGUUGCCGACCAUUACAACGAUCGCGUAUCUUCAUUCAAUAUUGAUGGAACUUUUGUAGAACACUUAGUGACAUCCGACAGAGGACUUAAACGACCAAGAGGUGUGUCAUUGCGGUGCGCUCACAAUCGUAAACUCUACAUCACAAACGGUGGAUUAAAUGCGUCUGAAGUGGUAGUCUACCGGCUCAUACCAAUGGAUACCCAAUAUCAGAUACAUCUCAAAUGUGAAAUUUAAAAACUUAGUAAGAUUUCAAAUGAGAAUUAAUGCAUCCAGUGCCGGAUUUAAAUGAAGAGGGGCCCUGGGCUAUUUCACUUAUGAAGCCUUUCCCGGGUGAAGCCGAGAAUGAUAACGGGUGUGAGAACGGUUUAUGAUAGUGUUAAAAAUAUACACCAUAGACCCCUAGAUCUUGCCUCUCUUGAGGCACCAAGCUUCAGCCUGUCAAGCCUAUCAUAGGUAAAUCCGGCACUGCCUGUGUAUUGGACUACUGACAAUGGUGUCACAUUGAAGACCAAGUUAUAUACACAAAUACAGAGGCAACAUUUAAAUAACAUUUUUUUACAUUUUUUUAAUUACUAUAACGUGUAUUGGGGAUAAAUUGGUGCUCAUUUUUUAAAACAAUUUACCAUUUUUAAUUAUACUAUUGAUUGAAAUGUAGGCCAAUGUAAAUAUCGUUAUUUCUUUAAUUGUAGUUAUAUAAAAUAAGCGUGCUGACCCCUCGGGGACUUAUCUAGUGGAAAACGCAUUUUAUUAGAACAUGGACACCUUUAUUGGAUGUACCGUCUUCAUCAGCCUAGUCGAUGCAGACAAGUUAAACCCCAUUUCAUUUCAUUUAUUAGAUUAUUGCUUAUAAUAUACUACUUACGAAUACUAUUUUGAGAUUCAGGUACUAAGCAGCAAUAUUGCUGCCUGUUAUAAAAACUAAAAGAUCCCACUAUGCCCGAACAAAUUAGGCGAAAUUACUUUAGGGGACAUCCUAUAUCGCUCAAAUGCAGAUGUUUGCGAGGAAUGUUAAAUCAAUGUAGGAAUUUAUUUACCAUUGACCUGUGUGGCUGUACUAAUUAACCCCCGCGUGCGAUAAAAUAAUUUUCAAUAUCUAAACAACAUAAUAUUCGGAGAAUAUCUCAGCCCAUCCUUCGAUCUACUGCAUGUGUUUUAAUAUAGAUCACCUUUGAGGAAGGGUAUUUGGCACACGGACCAUUUUUUCAGAACAAACUGUAUAUCGUGUGUUUUAUUGUCUGAUGAAUGAAUGAAAUGGGGUUUAACGUCCUACUUUUCUGCACUAAGCUAACGUUUCUAAUGAAGACGGGAACACGCCAUACAGUGUGCUAUGGGGUUGGGGAGGGAUGUUACCCGGACAGCAAUUGAAUUCCUUCUGUCAAGGGAUCCUUUGCCACUAUGCCAAGGCGAACACUUAAUCUGGCUUUUACGACCCAUCCGUAAGACUAGAUGCUUGUCCGUCCGCCUUGUAUCAAUGACAAGGGGAAACUACACUGAAAUAUCCAGGGGAACUUUUUCGGCCCACGCCGGAAUCGAACCCCAGACAUCCUGCUUCAGCGUGUUUGGCGUGUUUUGUUUUCGAUUCGUUUUGAAUUUGAGCAGAAGCGAUGCACUUUUUUUUUAAAAAAUUUGUCUGGACGUCCAGGAACCAACACCAGCAAAGACUUUGGACAUUUUAUUCCACUCGUGUCCCCCGUUACACCUAAGGCCCCAAUCGUCCUCAGGGUAUACUAUCGUAGUGAUUUACUUUUUUUGUUAUUUUACCAAUCAUAAAGAAAUUAAUUCACUCAUAAAUUAUAUACACCCAUCAAGACCUUUGUCUAGUCUUCCCAUUUAUAUCAUUUGUUACUAUUGCA